AUGAGUAGUGGUGAACGUUAUAUGCCAAGUAUAGCUAGAGACUGUGACGAAUUUAAAAAAGAUUACGAGCGCUGUUUUGUUACUGAAUUCUUUCCUCGUUUUGUUGACCCAAAUAAUACUCGGGUAGAUCAUUUAAAUCCUUGUGAACACUUACAUAACAUAUAUAAACAGUGCAUUGAAAUUUAUUUAACAAAAAAUAAAGUACAUGAUAUAGAUUUUAACGAUCUUCAAGAUGACUAUUGGAAUGAUGCAUUAGAUGAAGCUGGUAAUAAGAUUCCUUCACCUGAACUUCGAGAAGAAAAUGAUGAAGAUGAAGGGAAAAAAAAAAGUGGUGCACAGUCAAAUAAUUUACGUUUUGUUGAUCCUGAGGACGCUAAAUUUGAAAAACUUGAACUUGAUUUAGGAAGAUUUAUUGAGGAUGUUCGACAACUUGGUGUUACAGCUAGUGAUCCUGGAGAGAAUGCCAAUGAAAUUAUAAGGGCAAAACUUCGGAAGAUUGCUUCUGGUCUCCAAAAUAUGAAUGAUAUAUCCUCACAAUUUAUGAAUCACCAAAUACCAAUAAAAAUUUUUGAUUUUGUUGAUGAUAUGAAAAAUCCAAAUGCGUAUUCCAAAGCUGUUUUUGAAGAGACAGAUGCUAAAAAUAGUGAAGUUAAUGGAAAAAUAGAACAAUAUAAAAAAUAUAAAGCUAAAGUUUUAGCUAAAUGGUCGGAGGAGAUGCCCGAUGCUGCUCUUCAAUACAUGGUGAUGCGAAAAGAAUCCGAAGGUGAUAAAGAGAUGCCGUUCCUAUAG